CGGCGCUGUGCUGUCGCACGUCAUGAAAGAUGGCACGACGCAGGGAACUCACAGUCCACGAGCGGUGCCUGAUGCAUGGAAUGAGAGUCGUCGUGCCCCCGAAACUUCAACAGCUGGUCCUGGAGGAGCUACACCAGGGACACCCAGGAAUAGUGCGGAGCAAAGCACUCGCCCGAAGCUACGUAUGGUGGCCCUCCUUGGAAACGGACUUGGAGAACCAAGUGAGACACUGCACGGCAUGCCAACAGCAGCGCCACAUGCCAGAAAAGGCACCAUUGCACCCUUGGUCAUGGCCGACACAACCGUGGUCACGGGUACAUGUAGAUUUUGCGGGCCCUCUUCGCGGUCGUAUGCUACUAGUCAUUGUAGACGCGCAUUCUAAAUGGCCGGAGGUUUUUGUCAUGACGUCUACCACCGCAGAAGCGACGAUAACAAAACUGCGCGAUUUAUUCGCUCGGUAUGGGGCACCAGAAGCUCUGGUUAGUGAUAACGGUGCGCAGUUUACAUCGUCCGAGUUUAAAGAGUUCCUUAAAGAACAGGCAGUUCGACAGGUUCUCACUUCUGCAUAUCACCCCAGCAGCAAUGGACUCGCAGAGAGAUUUGUGCAAACCCUAAAGAACGCACUACGAAAAGGCCCUGCAACUGAAAGUAUGGAGGAAACCUUGUCAAAGUUCUUAAUGACAUAUCGCAACACUCCGCAUGCGACGACUCAAGAAGCCCCAUCUUUUCUUUUUUUGGGUCGUCGGCCACGAACACGGUUGGAUGCACUGAAGCCGGCUCUGGAUCGUACUAUCCGAGCACGUCAGUUUGAACAGACUUCACGGCGCAGGGGUGCUAACAGUGUGUUCGAAGUGAACGAUGAAGUGUUCGUGCGUAAUUUCAGGAGCGGCCCCACAUGGUUCCACGCAACAGUACUGCAGCGGACGGGACCAGUGUCCUACGUGGUCAAGGUGCGGACACCGGAUGGACUCCGUACUUGGAGGCGACACAAGGACCACCUGCGCUCAGCGUCUACUGCAGUGACAGCGCCGUCCCUUGUGGGGGAGGACGAUACCGACACCAUCUAUCCUGCGUCUGAAGCCGACGUACCACCUCCGUCUACUGUCUCCGCAAGACAAACGGUGCCCGUCACCCCCACUAACGCUGCGCCUCGGCGAUACCCACAACGCCAGAGAAGACCCCCCGAUCGCUAUGAAGCCUCAUGACGUUCCAAAUUGCGGUGGAGGAAGUGCUAGAGGCCGCUGCCGUUGCUAUCAGCAGUACGCGUAGUACUGACGUCACCGGGCGCUCUAUAAGAAGAGCACCGUCAUACGCGCAGCCAGAUCGCUGCCGGCCUCUGCGGAAAUAAAGCUGUUUCGCAGUC